GGUCUUUUACAGCCUUAGUGAUUGUGUGAUUUGUGAUCUUUGUAAGGGCUCAUUCCUGAUACAGGUAGCAGCUGUAAGUGCUCAUUCUUGCUAUGAAUAGCAGCUGUGAAGCAAGAGACCGUGCUGCAACCUCUGUGGGAACCUGACCCUUUGCUGAACCAUCUCUCAAUAAAACAUUGAAGAGAAUUCCCCGUGUUGGGCCAUGACUGGCUUCCAGCCACCUUUCUUGUGAGAACACGGUGAUGUUGAGCUUGGAAAUGACCCCAGGCUGCUAUGAGGCGUCCCUUCAGUCUCAAUGCUGAACAAACCCACUGCCCUCAGCUGCUCCUCACCAAUCCAGCCCUCCAGCCCCCGACUCCAUAUCCUGCAGCACAGCUGGGGGUGUAGAUACAGCCCAAUGUGGGAUGAGGCCCCACAUCCCAUGGGCACAGCCACGUCCCCACCACAGCUCUCCCCCCACAGAUAACGGCCGCGUUGUGGCUGCUCCCCCUGAGUCCACGUUUCCUCAUUGCCCAACUUCAGGGCCCAUAAAAGGCACCGUGAGCACGGGGUGGGCACGGGGUGAGGAUGUGGAGCUGCUGGGUGCUGGUGCUGGCACUGCUGGGGGGGGCCUGUGCCCUCCCGGCCCCCCUGGACUACAACCAGGCUCUGGCCCAGGCUGUGGACUCCUACAACCAACGGCCCGAGGUGCAGAAUGCCUUCAGGCUGCUCAGCGCCGACCCCGAACCCGGCCCAAACGUCCAGCUCAGCUCCCUGCACAACCUCAACUUCACCAUCAUGGAGACGCGGUGCCAGGCGCGUUCGGGUGCCCAGCUUGAAAGCUGCGACUUCAAGGAGGACGGGCUCGUCAAGGACUGCGCUGCGCCCGUGGUGCUGCAAGGCGGCCGCGCCGUGCUCGAUGUCACCUGCGUGGACUCCAUGGCUGAUCCUGUCCGUGUCAAGCGCGUCUUGCCGCUGGUCAUCAGGACUGUGAUUGCAGGAUACAACCUCUACCGGGCAAUCAAGAGGAAGUGAGCCGUCCCCAGAGCUGCUGUCACCACUGUCCCCUUGCUGCCUUCCAUCCAAUAAAGGUCUUUCCUGGCC